AUGCCAGCGGAUUUUGAAAAGCAGAGCUACUGGCACAGCCGAUUCGCUUCCGAGACUUCUUUCGAAUGGCUCCUCUCCUCGUCAGACUUUGUAUCUCUUAUAGAACCCUACCUCAAACACCUGGACCCAUCAUCGGCACACAUUCUCAACUUGGGCUCUGGCACCAGUGAUUUGCACAAUCACCUACGAAGCCGCGGCUUUCACCACGUUAGCAAUCUAGAUUACGAACCACUGGCCGUAGUCAGAGGGAAACACCUCGAGGAAAAGGCUUUUGGUGACAUUGUCAUGCAUUAUACCCUCGCGGAUGCUACACAGCUUAACCAUGCUGGUCCGGAAAUUGGUCAUCGAGGCGAUGGAAAAUUCGAUCUCGUAAUUGACAAAAGCACCGUCGAUGCCAUAUCUUGUGGCGGCCAAGACGCCUUUCUCCGAAUGGCACAUGGCGUGAGAAACAGGUUAGCCGACGAUGCCGUGUGGAUAUCAUUGAGCCUCUCUGCAUCACGCUUCGACGACACACAGUUGCCAUUCAAUGUUGAGACUGUUGCCAAGAUUCCAACCUCGAAAAUAAAACCCACAGACCCAGAUGUACACCAUUGGUGCUACCUCCUACGACCGAUAUGA